ACGCUAUCAGUAGGCAAAACUGGUUUUCAUAAAGCGAAAGGAGUGUGCGUCCUUUGAUGUCUCGAUGUGAAUUAUUCUAAAGAAACAAUUUCCAGGACAUGGUUGUUUCCUAUGAUUUUCUUCAAGUAUUUGGAUACAUGCACGAAUCCGAGAAGCUAUAGGCCACUGGCACUCGAGUGUUAGGUCACUAUGGGAUGUCUGGCAAGGAGACGCCAGACCGUGUUGCUGGUGCUUUUCCUCAUGUUUGUGCCUUUUUGUGCAUUUGUUUUCUUCGCUGAGCCAGAUUUGAGUCUGGAGCAACAAAUGACUUCCAAGAUGGCUGAACUUCAACUGAAAAUCCAGCACCUUGAUUCUUUACAUCAAGAGAGGCUGCAGGAAGUAAGAGUUCUCUCAAGUCAUCUAUCCCACAUUUUAGCCACCUCAAAAUCUGAGAAUUUAUCAGUUGGUGCAUCUGGAGUUGACUCGGAGGCGCAAAAAUUGCUGAAGAAUUUGACCAGUUUUGAGUGGGGCUCAGCAGCACUUCACAUGCCAUCUGUCUACCACUUUCUUCCUCACUUGCUUCACAAUCCAUCAAGCCUCAAACCAGCAUAUCAGAUGUCAAAGGGCAGAAAUGGAGUGUCAAUGGUGCUGGGCGUGCCAACAGUGAAACGAGAAGUACAGAGCUACUUGCUCACAACCCUGCAGAAUUUAAUUCAGAAUUUGAGCCCAGAGGAGCAAGCUAAAACUUUGAUUAUUGUUUUUGUAGCUGAAACAGACCUGGAAUAUGUUGUUUCUGUUGCAAAGGAAAUUGAAAUGCAGUUUUCUCCUCAUGUGGAAGCUGGCUUGAUCGAAAUAAUAUCCCCACCUGCUUCUUACUACCCUGAUUUGACCAACCUUACUCCAACCUUAGGUGACUCUCCUGAAAGGUUCAGGUGGCGCACAAAACAGAAUUUGGACUUUGCCUUUCUCAUGAUGUACGCCCAGUCAAGAGGCCUUUUUUACACACAACUGGAGGAUGACAUACUGGCCAAGCCUGGAUUUCUCACCACCAUGCUUGAUUUUUCAUAUCAAAAGAUCGCGAAGAAUGAACCUUGGUUUGUCAUUGAAUUUUGCCAACUUGGAUUCAUUGGCAAAAUGUUCAAGUGCGUCGAGUUGCCCUGGCUAGUGCAGUUUUUCAUCAUGUUUUACACCGACAAGCCUGUCGAUUGGCUACUGGAUCACGUGAUCACAACAAAAAUUUGCAGCCUCGACAAAGACCAGAAAAUGUGCAAGAAGGCGAAAAACGCACUUUGGCUGCAUUACAAGCCUUCGCUCUUCCAACACAUCGGAACUCACUCAUCACUGAAAGGAAAAGUGCAAAAGUUGAAGGACAAACAUUAUGGCAAGCUGAUGUUGUUCUACCCGCACACCAACAACCCCAAGGCAGUGAGCGUUGAGGGUGGCGUCACUUCGUACAAACACCACACCCUGGUCAGAGCAUAUGCUGGAGAGGACUACUUUUGGGGAUUAUCCCCUCAGGCAGGGGAUCACAUUUCCUUCAAGUAUGAUCCUCCUAUCAACAUGUCAAGGUACUUGUUUCGGAGUGGUAACGCGGAGCAUCCAUCCGACAGGUUUUACAAUACCACUGUCGAAAUUCUGCCAGCCAAAAAGCCAAGCAGCGAAGUGAAUGUUACCCCAGACGGCUAUGUGAUUGUUGGAAAAUUUGACACAGUUGGCAUUGCGGAAGGGUUUAUUAAUCCAAAGCUGUUCCCGAUAAAAGAGCUCAGACUGAACAUUCACAGCGAAAGCGAAAACUGGGUCAUCCUAAACGAAAUUUCAAUCGACACAGAGCAGAAGUCUGAGCGGUGACCGAAGCAUUGAAUGUCAGUUGUGUAGGGACACAAUCAAAUCAUCUACGUCAGACAGCUUCCUCGCGCUGGCUGACUUGCGUCGACUCAGCUCAAUAUUAACAUGAUUCACCAUUUGUGCAUUUUCUCAUGGUUCCCAGUCUGUGAUACGUCUAAUAAUAUUCACGCAGUUGAACUGCUGCACACCAUGUUUUAUAUAUAUAUGAUAGAUAGCUGAAAGUGCCAUUCUUACUUUCUGCGUAAGCAAUGCCAAAAACGAUGCUUCGACCAUUUGUAAUUUGCAGUAUGAGAAUGCUUACUAAAGAGACAAAACUGUGCAAAUCAUAAGAAAAAUUUAUGCGCUAUUUCUCUAAUCCGAUACAUGUGAUUUUACUGAAAAAUGUGGUUUGCAUCGUAGAUGCAGCUUUGUAAAUAGUGCUGUACAAUAACGCAAGUGAGACUUAAUAUGUAAUAUUCGGUCAUCUGGAAAUCUUAUACUCGUACUCGCAAUUAGUCAGUGCGUUAAAAUUCUUAACAUUGUUUGCUUUUUAAGUUGAAUGUUUCACGAAAACUUCCAUGGCCAGGUUUCUAAUUUCUGGCUAUUUUUGUAUCAUCUUGUCAAAAUACUGAUGCCAUUUUCAAAUACUUUUGCUGCCAUGCAUUUGAAGCCUAGUAAAUUGUUCAGUCUGUCCUUGAUCUAUAUUUAUCCUGAAUACCUGAGUGAUGGAAUAAUUCCUGCCUGACAUAAUAACAAAAACGAUACAUCUAUUGAAUAUAAGUGCCGCUUUGAAGUAUCUUGAUGAAUAAAAUAAUUAUUACUUUAUGUACAUUUAAAUAUAUCAUUGACAUGAGUGUAAUCCUAAGAAUGUGCCACACUGGGUUGUCCUUCUUUGCUUCUUUAUUCCUGAUGUUGUAAAAAUCAUUAAGAGUUGUAUCUUUUUGUUAUUAAAAAUUGUGAUAAAGCUAAUCGCAUCGAAAAAAUUAUAUAAUCGUGAAAAGUUGAUCUGUUGUUUCUUUUUUAACGACAAAAAUAUAAACAUAGCAGAA